AUGGGAUCUAAUGACACCAAGCCCAAGAUUCUUCUCUUAGGACAGAUCGCGCACGCGCAAAAGUCAUGGGAAUCACUGAGUGAAUUGGGUGAGUUGAUUCAACCAAUCGCCAAAAAUCGCGCAGAAUUCAUUCAAGAAUGUCGCGAUGGAAAGCUCGAUGGAGUUGUGGCAGCCUAUCGUACUUUCGCCUCAGCCAAAGUCACCGGGCUUAUCGAUGAAGAGCUUGUGAAUGUGCUGCCAAAAUCCCUAAAGUAUCUUUCGCAUUGCGGUGCUGGCUACGACUCAGUCGAUGUCCAUGCAUGCAGCGCUCGCAGUCCUCCUAUUUAUGUUUCCAAUGUCCCCACCGCGGUGGAUGAUGCCACCGCCGACGUGACAAUGUUUCUCAUCAUUGGGGCCCUACGAAAUUUUAACACUGGCAUGCAAGCUCUGCGUGAGGGCAAAUGGAUUGGCAAGCCUGCCCCGGCCCUAGGCCAUGAUCCGGAAGGCAAGAUAUUGGGUAUUUUGGGCAUGGGAGGCAUCGGACGCAAUUUGAAAAAGAAGGCCGAAGCAUUUGGGAUGAAGGUAGUUUAUCACAAUCGUCGUCCAUUGAGUGAUGAACUGUCAGGUGGAGCUCAAUAUGUGACGUUUGAUGAGUUGCUGUCGACCAGCGACGUGCUGAGCUUGAACCUUCCUCUGAAUAAAAACACCCACCAUAUCAUUGGAAAGCCCGAGUUUGCUAAGAUGAAGGAUGGGGUUGUUGUCGUGAACUCUGCUCGCGGCCCUGUCAUGGAUGAGACGGCCCUUGUUGAAGCCCUGGAUAGUGGCAAGGUUCUUUCUGCCGGCCUCGAUGUAUUUGAAGAAGAGCCUAAGGUUCAUCCUGGCCUCAUUCGUAACCCAAAUGUUAUGCUCGUGCCUCAUAUGGGUACUUAUACUGUCGAGACCAUGGCCGCAAUGGAAGAGUGGGCGAUUGCAAACGUCCGUCUUGGUAUUGAGACAGGAAAGCUCAAGAGCCCAGUUCCAGACUCGGAUUCGGAGGUCAACUUUGCGCCAACAACAACAUCCACCCACAGCAAGUCUGCCAUGGCCGAAUACUGGAAGUCCGCGCCCCGUCACUGGUGCAAGCAGUGCAAGAUCUUUAUUCGCGACACGCCCUUCGAAAAGACCCAACAUGAAGCUAGCCCGAAACACCAAGGCAGCUUGAAGCGAUUCCUCCGAGAUAUCCAUAAAAAUAAUGAAAUUCAAGAAAGAGAUAGCCAACGGGCGAGGAGCGAGGUUGAAAGAUUACGACAAGCUGUCGGGGCCGGAUCCUCUGCGGCAAAAGAUGCCGCCACGACAAACACAGCACCGCCGGCGCCAAAACCUAGCGACAGAUCGGCUAGCAUAGAGGAUCGGAAGAAACAAAUGUCGCAACUGGCAGAAAUGGGCGUUUUAAUCCCUCAGGAGUACCGUGCGGACUUGUCUUUGGUUGGCGAGUGGCAGACACUCUCAGAGACAAAUGUCGCUGCCGAAAGCCUCGAGGGAGCUAGCAAGUCUAUUGGAGUUCGCAAACGCAAACAUGAGGGUGAAGAGGAAGAGGAAGAGGUCGACGAGCAUGCCCCCGGGAAGACAAAUAGCCUAGGCUGGGGUUCAAAGUUGAGAACAUACCCUGGAGAACAGGAUGAGGAAGACGACGAUCUGGAUGCCUUGCUUUCCUCUAACAAGGAACUUAAAAAGCCUAAAACUACAUCUGCCGAUGCCGACCCCGAAAACGAAAAGCUGGAAUCUCCUGCCCUCGUAAAGCAAGAGGAUGAGGUGUCAGAAUCAGCUGGCCCCGAGGCCAACAAGUCAUCAGAUGUGAAGACCGAAACGCCUGGGGUCGGUCCUGAGGCCCCAAAGGACGAAAGACCACCAGGCGAAGAGAUGACCGGGUUUGCUUUCAAAAAACGCAAGCCCAAGGUCAUGAGAAAAUAA